AAUGUGACACAACCAUAUGUUUCAAACCAACCACAGUCUGAGAAUCCUCUGGAAUAUAACCUUCAUCACCAGGCCUAAUCUUAAUUCUGAUUGCAGACCACUAAUAAUGAGCAAUUUUUGCAGUUUUAUAAAUGCAAUGUAAUCACCGUGCAGUGCAAACGUUAUUUAUUCUGACGGUUGUGCAAUCAGAGAUACCCAGACUGCGCCGGAACUAACAAGGAAGCUGUAAGAAAAUACAAAUUAGGUCAGCACAACCGUACUUAAUGAUACAAUGCGGAACUUGUGGUAAGAAGGGAAACCCCCGGAGGUGCCGGGACUCCUCUAAUCGGAACGACAACGACUUUUUCAUCGCGAGAUCGGCUCGCGUGCUGCAUCGCGUGGAAAUGACGUAAAGUCCCAUUUUGAUGAGCCUGGCCGCCUUCUGUGUUGCCAUGGUAACGGAUAGCGUCUGUAUCCUGUGGAAGACUCGCAUACAAAAGCUAUAGCUUCUGCAUUAAAUAGUUGUUUAUCCAGUUCAUAUGUUUGAUUUAUUAUAGUGUUUGUUAAUAUCAACUCAAGAAAAGUAUUGAUAGUCUACUUUUCAAACCGGGACAUAUAAUAGUCGGAAUCCCGCGGGGCAGAUGGAGCCCAUGUCACUAGGUUACUCUCUAUCGGAGGGCGAUGCGAUGCCAGACAGCGAUGAAGAGAAGCUGACGGCGACCCUGAAGCUACAGUUCCAGGCUCUGCAGCAGCAGCAGGCAAAAAGGCUGCAGCAACAUCUGGAGAAGAGAAUGGCGAGGAGGCAGGACAAGGUCUCUGAUGGAUUCAGAGAGGAAUCCUCUUUCAUCCAAGGUGACCUGAAGCCGUCAGAGAUGGACAGAGAUGCGGCUGAUGCUGAUGGACUGAAUAAAAGGCUGCUGGAGGAUAUGAAUGAGCACCUACAAGAGCAGCUGAGGGAGGUCUGCGAUGAGAACGGACGGCUUCGCAAGCUCCUGAGUGAGAAAGACUUUGAAAUCAAGCACUUGAAAAGGAAGAGGGAAGAGGAGCGGCUGGCCUUAGCGGGCGUAUCUGGUAUAGCCGGCGACCUGGCCGCCACAAAGAUCGUGGAACUGUCCAAGAGGAACAGGGAGCUGAUUGCUGAAGCUGAGCAACAGAAGACCAAAGUGAAGCGAGCGAACAACAGGAUCAAAGAGCUGGAAAAAGAGCUACAGGCUGUUCUGUCGCUCAGCCUCACUCCUGGGAAUGGAAAGAUGGAACAGAAGAUACCUGGACAGCAGCCAACGAAGGAACCUGUGAUCGAAAAUCUGGAAGUCAGAGCACUUCAGGAGAAGCUGUCUGCCGCCAACUUUAAAAUGAGCGAAUAUCGCAAUCAGAUCCAGGCGGUGAAACAGGAACUGAAAAUAGCUCAUAAGGUUCUAUGCAACGAGCUGGGUGAGGAUGUGAACUUGCAGCAGCUGCUGAGUGUCCCAGGCAGCUGGCGAGGCCGAUCCCAGCAGAUCUUGGCCCUACAGAACAGGGUACGGGAUUUGGAACAGCAGCUGGGCCAGACAGGCCAGAAGAAGCAGCAGUCCCCUCCCAGCCUGGAAGAGGAGAUGCUAGGCCUGGGGAGACUGCAGAGGACCCAGAUACUGCAGGACAAGAACAUCAGUCAUCUUCGUAACUUGGAAAAAGAGAGGAGGGAAGCUCUAGAGAAGAUCACCGAGGAUCACGAGGCUCUGCUUAGAGACCACGAGGAGCUGAAGAUGAAGCUGGAUGGAUCCAAGGCCAGAAUCAAAGUUCUGAGCAUGGAGGUGAAGUCACUGAGAAGCCAGGUCAGCAGUCUUCUGGACAAGGGCAAGCACGACGACGAGCUGGUGGAAGCUUUGCUGAAACAGCAAAGGAGGAUGCAAGAGACGCUGAGGCAGCUGAACCAGGAAGAGCUGCACAGCAAGGUGGCCAAGCAAAGGUUGGGUGAGCAGCUCUGCACCGUGACCCAGACACAGAGCCCCCUGGUGGAGCAGCUCAAGCUGAAGGUCGCCGACAGGGAGGCAAAGGUCAGGGAGCUGGAGGAGGAGAUCAGGCUGCGUUCCCUCAAGAAACAUAAUGGCGAGGAAUCCAGUUCAAAGGUUGCCCAGUGUUCUUCUAGACCUCCAACUACAGGGGGCGAUAAUGCAGAGAGAUGGUCCCCUGCACGAUCGGCCUCCAAACUUGGACACAGACUGGUGAAGUCGGCAGAAACGGGGCCUGUUUCCGGAAGCGGUUUGACAGCUGGCUGCGGUACCGACGAACUGCCAUCCCAGCAGGCCCAGUGUAGCGAGUACCGGGCCCUGUACCAGGCUGCCGGCGUAGAGCGGGACCGGCUGCUGGAGCUGAUGAAGGUCCAGCAGGCCAGGGAACAGGCCGCCGCAGAGAAGGCCGCAGAGGCUGAGCAGAAGCUCCAGGCGGAGCGUCGGAGGGCGGUGACCCUGGAGCAGCUGUUGGAGAAGGCCAGGCUGGACCUGGGCAAGGGGGCCAGCCCGAGAGCCAGCAGGAGGGCCAGGAUGGGUGUCUCCAGCAGCUGCACGGCUCUCCUCCCCAGUCAGGUCGACCGCUGUGUAAAAAAUCCCUCAGGCGUUUCCGCAGAAGUUCAGCUCGAGGAACUGAAUUCCAAGCUGGCCGCCCAGCAGGAGGAGAGCGAGAGGCUGAGGGGGGCUCUCAGGAGCAUGCAGCAGGCCAAGGAGGAUGACCUGAGGCACUACAGCAACAUGAUGGACCAGGUCAAGCACAUCUUCUCACAGGCGCUAAGGCAGCACAAGCAAGAUGGGCAGCGGGGCAGCUAACUGCCCCAUCCAAGAAGAACUUUUCUGGUAUGAUCUAGGAGAUCCUUAGAUGUUCCUGCUUUUUGUCUCACCUGGCAACGCACACGAGAUGAAAUCGGCCCAAGUUCUUCAACCCAAGUUCUUGGUUUGCUGAAGCUUAUUCAAAUACGCAAUGUGUUUCUUAGGAUCUCAAAGGCCCUCCUUCAAAUUCACUACCUGUCGAGGACCCGGGACAUCUAAAUGCAGACACGUUCACAAUGCUUCUCUGUGCAAUUAAUUCUGAAUCUUUUAUUCUCUGGUCACAUCUGGACUACUGUAUAUAACCGUGAAUUCAGUUUGUAUCCUUUACUUACUCAGACGUAUCCUCAUUUCAGAUGGCCCCCGUGGCCCAGUGAGCAUGCUCAGUCAGCGGCUGUGAGCCACAAGGUACAGUUAGCUUCACAUUUAUUAGCUGCAGUGACCGCAACCCCCCAACCCACCUGUAGGAGAUGCUGAUUUAACAUUCCUCACAGUUUCUACCCCUGCCUCAUUGACUUGGCAGUCCGGCACUGGUUUCAGUUAUUAUUAAACUCCUCCAAAUACCAUCCAUGAAUUAUGUUACCAUAGAAUCAAAGGAUUCUAUAGUUGGUUUGAUUCCACCUCUGGGGAAAAUUUGCUUCGCUUGACUGCAUCCCUUUUUGACACACAAAAAAAUAAUAACACAUGUGAUCCAAUGCAAAUAUAAAGCCUCAGAAGUUAAACACAGAUCCGGUGGUUGAUGGUUGGUUUUUCUUAUUUUUUUUUACUCUGACUGCCCGACAGUGCAAGAAUAGUAGGAGCUAAUGAAUGGUGGUUCAAUGAAACAAGCCGUCCUUCAGUCCGUAGAACUUCCAUGGAGCUUGCCAAGCGCAUACAUCUCAGCGUGAAGGUUUCUCUGCCAUCGCGCCGAUCUCUCCGCUGUACCCAAAAGCGAGUCGCCACAUUUACAGCAUGCCCAUAUAAAAGCCGUUUUUUUUUUUAGUCUUUUUACUCUGAUGCGUCUGACACACACAUACACACUGACCAGUGCUGCCUGCUAUUCCUCAUCACGCUUAAUUUAAGCCCGUGGCUGAGUUAGUGUCUGGUUUGAAAUACCGCACUAUUUCGCCCAGAACCCUCAGGGACACCAAGCGGGUCCAACCCGAACCGAGCGAGAAAGCAUCAGAAGACAAAAAUACCAGGCGCUGGAAGUGAUCAAACAAGCCUUUAUGCGCUAUGGAACACAUAACGGCCUGUGUGAAAUAGCCGAAGGAUAAAAUGAAAUGCAUGUUUUAUUUUUUAUUUUAACCUCCCCCUGUGUGCUGUGCAAGCCGACUGUGACUGACAGGGUACAGUUUGGACCAGGCGGAUAUGACUGUCGCUGCUAGGUAAGACCAGUCACAGCCAAGACCUGCAUUUUCCUAAGUGGUCAGUUGGCCAGGAACUUGUUACCUUCGGUAAAAAGGUUACUUUCCAUGUAUUCUGGCAAGUUGCAUCCAGGACAGCCAUGCACAUUGACAAACAUUUCUCAGUUUGUGAGUGAGCCUUCAGUAUGGACUCAUGGUGCAGAACAUCUUUUUUUAAGACCGCCGUAUUUGUAAAUAUUUCUCUUGAUGGGUCUAAAAGGCAAACGUGAAAUAUACUUUGCCUGAAGUAGUUCCUCAUUUUUUUCUUGAAAAGCAGAACCCGUAUUCCUUUAUUCCUAUAGUUUAAAAGUGAGAAUGAUUACACAUAAAUUAUCAAAAUUAUUGUAAGAAUAUACAUUAAAAUCAACAAACUUAAAAUGUUUAUGUGCAGGCAGAAACAUGGCCACUCUUUCUCUAAAGGCAGAUUCCUAGGACCCCUGAGUUUCCUGCAUUGUGGAGGAAGUGAAAUGAUUUUUCUUGGUCGGGGGACUUUUCAAGUAAAGCUUUACCUGGGGCCCCGAAAAGGUCAAUCCGGUCCUGUAUGCAUUAAAUGUAGAAUACAGUCCAGUCUAUUUAAAAGAGACUUUAAAAUCGAUUUUCUCCACAAUGGACCAAUAAAACAUGCAAUGUUUACACAUAUCAUAAAAAGCAAUAAUUUAAUGUAAAUAAUAUAGUUUACUUUUUAUAAAGUAGUACUUUUCUCUCCACAUUCUUUAAAAUUUCUACAAAGCAUGAAAAAGACAUAAAACUUAAACACAUCAUUUGCCCACCAAAGAUUUACUUUUAAUUUUCCUUUUAUUAUUUUAAUUACAAAGAGAAGACUUUUCUCCAGCAAUGUGCUUUUGAAAUGAACAAAUCUCAGCAUUUAAGCCGAAACGCCCCUGUUUAUCCUCGGAUUUAUUAUGUUUAUUAAAUAAUCACGUCCAAAUAUUUUGAAUGUUUUGUGCAUUGUCUAAUCCUCUCUAUAACUGCGGCAGUGACACUGAGAUCCUUCAUGGAGUAAAAGAAAAUCUUAUAUUGCUUAUAUGAUAAAGGUGAGGUAGCAUAAAAGAAGAUGUUUAAAGAAGAUGCCAUGGAAAUGCUUAAAUACUCGUGUUUUCCUCUUAGUUUAUUACUGGUUUUCAGAGCAGUUAACUGAAAUACCUAUGAAUCAAGUACAGCAUUUAAUUAUAUUGUGCUUCUAUGAUCGGCUAUUCCAUUUUACAACACACGGUGGCGCAGUUGAGCCAUAUUGCAUAUCACGCAGCUUCUCAUCGCAUUCAGUGGUGCAACUUUAAAAAGUCAGAGCUACUAAUGACUACAUUUAAUUCGAAUUUUGAGAUUCAGGCGGACUUGCGUGUCUAUAUUGGGAAUACUGUGCUUAUUUUCAUGAAACAGUAACAUAUACUGUAAAUCCAGGCUUAAUUUCUUCAGAACGUAAAUUAAUAGGUAGCAUAUAGCUCUACAGGUUGAAUUUGUUUCUUGACCGUGACGUGUUUGAUCGCUGUUGAUUAAAACCAUUUUGCUAAUCUAUUUACCAAAUUAACUAGAUGCAAGGUAAGUGUGUAGCAUAUCAUCCAGGGCACCUGUAUCGUCGUCUCCUGUGUGUCUCCUAACAGAGACCCCUUUCUCACCUAAAAUGCUUGACAGAAUAAGUGG